CUGCCCCUGGCGCUGUGCGCCCGCGGUUGUCACUGGACUUUCAGUGCUCGUUACCUUUCAAGAACUUGUCUCGCCUUUCAGAUCUGUUCUGCCUGUUUGUAUCGGCUGUUUGCUGGGCAGGAGUGGGGACAGGAAAAACCCAACUGCGGCGUAGGUUAUACCUAGAAGAAGGUUUCUGCCAUUUGCUUCUAUGGAAUCCAAGCUCAUGUACUGAUGCUUCCUUUGUAACUUUAUGGUAAAACAAGACUAUCAGUUUGGUUACCACAUCAUCUGGAUCCAGACGUCACUUUUAAGAAAAUGUGGACUGCUAAAAGUCUUUAUAGUGCUCAAAUACUGUUGCUCCGGUUGAAAGAAGGCCGACUGUAUAGUUGCACCUUUCCCAAAACUCAUCACUUCUGGAUUGGAAUUCCAAACUCUUGCACUGUAAGACCACCACGUACCAGAGUUAAAUUCCAGGUUUCCAAGGUGAAUGAUAAACAAUCAGUAGUUGAUAGAAGAAUGGCUGCUAAUGCAGAGGGAACUAAAAUACCUGUUGAAAAAAGUUCCAGUGGAGUACAUGAUGGAAGUCAUCAUUCAUUAGAAGCACAAAUGAAACACAUCAACCUGUCCUUUGCAGCUUGUGGCUUUCUAGGAAUUUACCACUUGGGGGCAGCAGCUGCUUUUUACAGGCAUGGUAAGAAGUUACUGACAGAUGUGAAAGCUUUUGCGGGAGCUUCUGCGGGAUCUCUGACUGCUGCUGUCUUGUUAGCAGUGCCAGAAAAUAUAGAGCAAUGUAAGCACUUUGCCUAUGGAUUUGCAGAGGAAGUCAGAAAACUGAACUUCGGUGCUGUAACACCUGGUUAUGAUUUUAUGAAAACACUUAGGGAGGGCAUAGAGUCUAUUCUUCCUGCUAAUGUUCAUGAGAUAGCUGAGAACCGGCUCUAUGUGUCAGUCACUAACUCAAAAAGUGGGGAAAAUCGCUUGGUUUCAAAUUUUUCCUCCAGGGAGGACCUCAUUAAGGUCCUGCUAGCAAGUAGCUUUAUACCACUAUAUGCAGGAAUUAAACCAGUGGAAUAUAAAGGAGAGAAGUGGGUUGAUGGUGGCCUUACCAAUGGCCUUCCUAUCUUGCCUUUUGGAAGAACUGUGACGAUUUCUCCUUUCAGCGGUCGAUUGGAUAUCUGUCCACAAGAUAAAGGACGUGUGGAUCUUUAUGUUAAAUUAGCAAAACAAGAUAUGAUGCUGUCACUGGCCAACCUGGUAAGACUUAAUCAAGCUUUGUUCCCACCAGACCAGGAGAAAAUGGAAUCAUUGUACCAAAAUGGCUUUGACGAUGCUGUACGUUUUUUGUUGAAAGAAAACUGGUUUGAAUAGAUGGCACAUAAAAAAGUAGUGAGACAUGAUGGCUGUCAAAACACAGCUACAGGCUUCAUGGAGAAUCUCAGGGAUUGCUGCCUCGGUUGCUGUUUGUGAAAAUAAAAAUCCUAAUGGACUUGAAUCUGCUUCUGCUGAGAAGGUGUCAGUUGCACUCCAAAGAACUGUAUAAACAUGUCAGAAUGGAAAUAGUGCUUGCCUGGUGGAUGUCUUGUUUUGAGGAGGUUCCACUUAGAUUCAUUUUGCUUCAGCUGGGGAUUUCAGUGGGGGAUUUGUAAAAUUAUCAUAAUAACAGAAAUUUGGAAAAGUCUUUUUCAAUGUUAUUUCAGAGACAAAUUGAUGUCAUAUCAUGAAAAAUUGCAGUCUAUAUUAUUCACUUAACAUACUUGUGAGUAGUAAUUGGAUGCUCUCAAUGUUACUGAUCUAAAGCAUUUCCUGCAGUGUUCUAAAGGACUUGAAGAUUAAGCACUAGCCGCAAAAAAUAAAACAUUUGCACUCUUAUUUUGUAUAUUUUUUCACAUUAAAAGUUCUUAAUUUUUCAGUGAAUGUGUUCUUUUAAAAUUUGAAACACUGAAAUUUGUAGCAGAAGUGUGAUAUAAAAAUAACUUGUAAAGAAGGGUGUCAGAUUGUCAUAUUUAUUACGUUUUCUUCCUCUGCCAAAAUUGAAUAAAUAUAUUUUCUUGAA